AUGUGCUCAAUUUUUGCGUCAGAUUCUUCUUAAUUUAAACAAGGUAAAUUUGCCUCAAUAUCAUCCAUGCUACUGCUUUAUUUCCACUAAAAAAUUCAAUGCGCACGUCUUAAGUUAAACUAACACAGGAAGCAAAUGCAGAGACCUGCCAUUCAGCUCUUUUACUUUUAAGCCCAACACAUGGAAGCCACUGUUGGGCCACAACUGUGUGAGGUGGUCCUCCUCUUUGAGCUUGUUGGAUCUUUACCCCUCCCUUCUCAAUUUAAUGUAAAGAGUAAUGAGUUUCUCUGGAGAUACUUUAAUGUCUACACAGUCUGACCUGGUAUGAACUUUAAUUCAGAGAGUGCUAACAAAAGAAACUGAAACCGUUUUACAUCUGUCUGUUGUACUUGUGGUGCAAUUAAAUCCUGCUUUGUUUUUUUUUUUCCACAGUAAUAAAGGUGCAGCUACCAUUUACAGUAACACCAAGGUGGAUGUGACAGAGGAGACACGGGAGGCUGACAUGAAUGCCAAGGAGAUGACGACUGCAGGCAUUAAGAAGGAGGACUGGGAAGGAGAGACUGUCCACCCUAACCAGGGGAAUCUCUGCAUUAGGGAUGAGGAAAAUGAACUGGUAACUGUGGGGAUGAAAGAAGAGGCAGAGGACAUGUCAGGCGGCAUUGAGACGCACAAACAUAAAAUCAUGGAGGACGUCAACGUCAAGUCGAGAUCUGAAUCAUUACAGUCUGACACAAAGACCACUGAGGAACUUUUGCCAAUUGGAACUCGUGAUGAUCAACCACCACUGACACAUCAUUCUGGAAAAAGAGACAAAAGUCACUGCUGUCCUGAAUGUGGCAAACAUUUCUCUGUCCGGAAAACUCUCUUGGGACACCUCAGAAUUCACACUGGAGAGAAGCCGUAUUGCUGCCACGAAUGUGGCAAGCAAUUCUCUGACAGAGGUCAUCUUCAGAAACAUGUAAGGAUUCACACUGGAGAGAAGCCCUAUUGCUGUUCGGAAUGUGGCAAAAGAUUCUCUCAAACCACCAGUCUUCAGACCCACAAAAGAGUUCACACAGGAGAGAAGCCGUUUUGCUGUUUGGAAUGUGGUAAACGCUUCAGCAACAGAGCUAUUCUUCAGAGACAUACUAGAGUUCACACUGGGGAGAAGCCAUAUUGCUGUUUGGAAUGUGGCAAAUGCUUCAGUAACAGUACUACUCUUCAGAGCCACUCCAGGAUUCACACUGGAGAGAAGCCAUAUUGCUGUUUGGAAUGUGGUAAACAAUACUCGCGCAAGAGCCAUCUUCAAAUACACAUUAGAACUCACACUAGAGAGAAACCGUUUUGUUGUUCUGAAUGUGGCAAAGGAUUCUGUCGCAGGAGUAACCUUCUGAGCCACUUUAGAAUUCACACCGGAGAGAAGCCAUAUUGCUGUAGUGAAUGUGGCAAACAGUUUGUAGGUAUGAGCGGUCUUAAGAAACACUCUAUGGUUCACACUGGAGAGAAGCCAUUCUGCUGUUCUGAAUGUGGCAAACACUUUGUGUGUAUGAGCAGUCUUAAGAAACACUUUCAUGCUCACACAGGAGAGAAGCCAUUUUGCUGUUCUGAAUGUGGCAAAGAGUUUUCAUUGUUGAGCAGUCUUAAGAAGCACUCUAUUAUUCACACAGGAGAGAAGCCAUAUUGUUGUUCUGAAUGUAGCAAACGAUUUACACAACUGAGCAGUCUUAAGAGACACUCCUCAGUUCACACAGGAGAGAAGCCAUUUUGCUGUUUGGAGUGUGGCAAGCAAUUUGUGCGUCUGGUCAGUCUUAAGAGACACUCUGCAGUGCACAUGGGAUAGAAGAAGGGAUCCCUGAAGGAGAACAGUGGUGGGUGAAGAAGGAAGGUGGAGGAAGAAGUAAAACGUAACUCCUAACCAUUUCAGGCUCGAAGAUUACCUUCACAUGUGGGGCUUCAUUGUAUAAGAUUGUCUAGGGAAUUUUCUUUUAAAUAAUAGUUGAGAUCAUCACUGCAAUGGUUCUGAUUGACAUCCUUUAUUACAACAGGCCCGAGGGAGCCCUGCCAUGUGGACAAAGAAAGAUUAGGAUAGUUUUCAUAUCAUAACUGUACAAUACAUCAGCACAGUGACAAUAGUAUGGCCAAUCAUACACCUUACAGUAUGGUUUUUAAAUAUUUUAAGGUAAUAAAAUAUCUAGAAAGGUUGAUACAUCUUAUCAUUUAAUAGGAGUUUCUUAUUCAAAUCCUGUUACUGCCAGGUGCUUGGUGUAAAUAACGUCU